GCAGAGGAGAGCACAUGGAAGGACUUUGGAUGCAGUCGGGUUUCAGCUGCGUGUGAUUCAGCGAGGCGGGGGUGGGAAGGAGCAUCUCUCCAUCCAUCUUCGGCCCCCGUCUGCUCCUCUCAGUCUCCAAACGUCCUCAGCCGUCGGACCGGGUACGGUGGCAGGCCCAGGGGUGGGGGCAUGGCCGUGGGGGGGCCGCAUCCCGUCCUCCACGCUCCACCGCGACAGAGGCUUUGGCUGGAGGUCCUGGAUCUGGGGGCCCCCCAGAGCAGCCCCCAGACUCUCAGACGUCCGCCCCUGGAUGAGCGGAGGGGUGGCGGGGGGAGGCAUAGUUGGGGGGGGCGCAGGGGACAGAGGGGGAAAAGUGAGAUGUUCCCGCAGACUUUGGCUUCUCCUGGGAACGCUGGCCCUCGUCUUCCUCACCUCGCUCUUCUUGUCCGUGUCGUUGCGUGGGGGCGUCGGCUUUAACUACCUGGAGGCGCCCGGGUGGGAGGAGUCCAGGCGGGUGAAGCUGGUGCCCAGCUACGUGGGUGCCCACCGGCUGCACCCCCCAGAAGCGCCCCUGCAGAGAACAUGUGCCUGCCCUCGCUGCGUCGGAGACCCCGGAGUCUCUGACUGGUUCGAUGACAACUAUGACCCGGAUAUUUCUCCAGUCUGGACCAGAGACAACAUCCAGCUGCCCCCAGAUGUCUACUACUGGUGGGUGAUGCUGCAGCCCCAGUUUAAACCCCACAACAUCCAGCAGGUGCUGCUCAGGCUCUUCCAGGUGAUUCCCGGACGCUCGCCGUACGGAUCGUGGGAUCCAGGCCGCUGCCUGCGCUGUGCCGUGGUGGGAAACUCUGGAAACCUCCGUGGAGCCGGAUAUGGGGCGGCUAUCGAUGGACACAACUACAUCAUGAGGAUCAAUUUGGCCCCCACUGUGGGCUACGAGGACGACGCCGGCAGCCACACCACGCACCACUUCAUGUACCCAGAGAGUGCCAAAAACCUUGCGGCCAACGUCAGCUUUGUCCUGGUUCCUUUCAAAACACUGGACCUGGUUUGGAUCACCAGCGCCCUGUCCACCGGACAGAUCCGAUUCACUUACGCUCCUGUGAAGCAGUUCCUGCGUGUGGAUAAAGAUAAGGUUCAGAUCUUCAACCCAGCAUUCUUCAAAUACAUCCAUGAUCACUGGACCAGACAUCAUGGCCGAUACCCUUCCACCGGCAUGCUGGUCCUUUUUUUUGCUCUUCACGUCUGCGAUGAGGUCAAUGUUUUCGGCUUUGGCGCCGACAGCCGUGGAAACUGGCACCACUAUUGGGAGCAGAACCGAUAUUCUGGUGAAUUCAGGAAGACCGGGGUCCACGACGCCGACCACGAAGCUCAGAUCAUCCAGCAGCUAGCCAAGGCCGGAAAGAUCAAAGUAUUCCCAGGGAAAUGACCGGAAGAAUGAUCCUGCUGGUCUCAGGUUUAGGAAGCUGAUCAGUUUGGAUGAGUUAACUGAGCCAGAUUACAUUUCUACUGAUUGCCGCAUGAGCUGAAACAGGAUCAGGAAGAUUUUUCCUUUGGGGGUGGAGCCUCCGGUCGGACGGUCAGCUUGAUUGGCUGCUUCACGGCUAAACGGAGGAAAACAGGGAAUGACAUCUGAACAGCAGGGUCAAAUAGAAAAACUGGAUCAGCUUCAUCAAAGCAUCUCUGUUGGUGGAUCCAGUGAUGUUCAUUCCAUAGAGGGUUAUUUAAUCCUCGUAUCGUGAUACAAUUUAACACCCAUGGCCCCGAUUCUGCACCUCGGACACCGUUGUGUGACUUUAUCAUCCAGCAAUGUGGGAAUAUUUUGCUGACAAAGAGCCGUCCUUUAGAAUCAGGAUCCCGUCUUUGAUUUGCCUUAAAUUCUCUUUGAGCUGAAACAUCCCCAACAUUGCCACAGAGUUCCUCAUCUCUUUGAAGCAACUGAACUGACUGCUCGUUAAUCCGCUCAUAAUCAUCAUCACAUAAAGACGCUUCCAGAUCCUCAGAAACGGCGUCAGGAUUUUAGGCUUUCAGACGACAUGAGCCUCCAGUUCUGGUCCUUCGGCGUCUUUAUUCCCAUGGAGACAGAGAGGAGGAGGCCGUCAUGGCUGGAUCCAGCUAAACUGCUCCAUCGGGGACUCAAAUGUUGCUUUAGUGUUGCUCGUACGUAGAGGCGAGCUAUGUAGGCCCAACUGGUCUGAGCAGAGAGCUUCAGACCAGAUGGCGGCUGAAGAAAACCCCUCGCCUUCACUGACCAGUCCUGGCUCAGCCAAUCUGGACGUAAGCUCAGUCUGGAGGCAAAGCCAGCCUACGCCUUAAGGCUGAUUUAUACUCAGAAACCAGGUCGUCUGCGUGUGUCGCAGUGAACGCAGAUAUGCCCCGCCCCUUCCACAGACACUCUGCUGCACCUCUCCAAAAUUGUAGGUGACCGCAGAGAGGAGGCUUCUGAUUGGUCAAAUCUACUCUACGCUAUGCGUAUUUUCUGUUUGGUAGUUUUUGUGACCGCCAUUGUGGAAAACGGCUAGAAGAGCGAGGUGCGAGAGAACGCUGGGACCAUUUUUCCACCUGGAUCCCCGCUCUUUUUUGCCCUCAUCUCCCUCGGUUGUCGCACAAACUUG